AUGUUAUUUUUUACCAUUCUUAGUAUAACAUUAGCAGCAUUUACUUUUGAUGAUGGAUAAUGUAAAUGCAAUUAAUUGAUGGUUGAAACAGAAUGUAAAUUCAACACACAAUGUACUUGGGAUGGAGUAGCAAAAACAUGUUCUAGAAAGUCAUGUACAGAUUUAAAAGAUCAAUGUGCUUAAGUUUAAGGAUGUGCAUUAGAUUCUAAUGGAAAUUGUAAAGACUUUACCAAGUGUGAGGAUUAUACAGUCUCAGGAUUAGGAUAAUGUCAGUCUAAAGAUAAAACAUGUACUGAAGAUUAACAUACAACAAAUGGAUACUCUUGCAAAACUGGUACUUAUGUGCCUGAAUGCUAAAAAAUAACAAUAAAGGCAGACUGCAAGGGAUACUAAAGUUCAACAUAAGUCUGCUUUUGGACCUUGAAUCCAAUGACUAAAGUUUCUGAAUGUAUGCCAAUAAAAUAUACAUCUUGUGAGGAUGGAUAAUCAGAUCCCAAUUUAUGUACUCUUAAUUCUUCCUGUAAAUACACUUUAGAGAAAAAGUGUGUACCUAAGACUUGUGCAGAUGUCACAACUGAAUUUUAUUGCACAUCUAUUCCUUAAUGGAAUAAUUCUAAAAUGACUUUAUGUUAAUGGAAUGGAAAUUGUUAAGAUGCUUCAGGAGUUGAAAUUUUAACAUAAGCUAAAUGCUACUCAAGUACAUUAAAAAAUUAUCAUUGGAAUACUUCAACAAAUAAAUGUACGUUAUGCACUACAUCUCCUACUCCAUCUACAACAAAUACAGGAACAACAUCUACAGGCACAUCUACAGGAACUACUACAGGAACUACUACAGGAACUACUACAGGAACUACUACAGGAACAUCUACAGGAACAUCUACUGGUACAUCUACUGGUACAUCUACUGGUACAUCUACUGGUACAUCUUCAGGUACAUCAACAACAACAGGAACAUCUAGCGGAACAUCAACAACCACAGGAACUUCUAAUGGAAGUAAUUUGUUUAUAUAUAAUUCUAAUAGCCAAACCCAAUGAUGCUUACACUUAAAAUAAAUUUGCCUAAUUCAUAGCAGUUUCAUUAUUUAUGGCAUUUAUUCAAUGAUAGAUAAUUAUAAUACAAAAUAAUAAAUAAUCAUAUUUUAUUAUUGUUUAUAAAUUGUUUGC